AUGAAAGUCGACAACCGCAAGGACAAACAGAAUUAUAAGCAAUACAUCUUCACUGUGAAACACAUCGAUACUGAGCUCGAGAGGCUCGAUCGACCAAGUAUCAAGGACCUGACCUUGAUGGAUGGGCUUGAAUACACAAUCAAGACAAUGCCAACCCAUAGAUGGAUCAAUCAAGGAAUCUUAGGGGACCUCUGGUGUGUAGAUCACCUCUUCACGAUCUUCAUGCUACUUCUUGCCGACUUUCUCAAUUCAGACCCCAUGGAUAUCUCCACCUAUGAUACCAGCAUUUGGAGUGACGAGGCAAAAUGUGAUACGACAAAGACAGGCAAGGUGAUUGAGUUCAUGGGAAAUGUGGCUACCAUUAUAUACGUGCCGGAAUCGGAAGCUCAGAUGGCCAAGCUAACACCGACCUUUAACGUGAUGUGGGAAUUCUACACGUCGAUUGUAAAUUCCCAAAGCAAGGAAAGCGGGGAUUCUAAGUAUCAGGGCGAACUAGGGUCGAGCUUAAGCCGACUGAAGAACCGGAAAGACACCAUCAAUGAGUGGAAGUCCUACUGCGAAGCCAUGGAAAGCUACUAUCAACUCAACAUACAACCUAAAUAG